UCCUAUAUAUGGGGCCCAAAUAAACACAAUUAACUUAACACCCCCUUAUACAGAAAUAAUUUCUAAUAAGUCCAAAAAUAACACAGAUAAGUCCUAAAAUGCAAACAAGCCCAGAAAUAAAAUAAAAUAAAUAUGUCAAAUAAGAUGGUGGACUAGGCGGAGAAAUAAUUAGCUCUGAUGUCCCCAUCACCAUCACUAUUUUAUAGACGGACCAUAUCAUUUAAUAAGGGGUCUUCAAAAAAUUUAUAAUUUGGAUCAUUACAGAAUCACAAUUUCAAAGAUCUAAUCAUCCAUUGAUGAUGGAUAUUUGGAGACUCGAAUCGAGUAUCACUUCAUGUCCUAUAAUGUAUAUUUUUUGGAAAGCCAGCAAAGCUGCUGAUUGGGUGGAUUUCGAUGCGGUAGAUUAUACUAGCUCGAAGCUAUGGGAGAACUCUUUUACUUUGCUCGAACAUCUUCGGUGCGUCCUGGUGACUACACGACUAGAUAUAUUUACUCAAGAGUUUUGUAAGGUUGUUGAUCCAACAAAAAAAAAUUAAAAAUAUUUUUAUAUAGAUAAGUGGAUGCAAUUAAUCUAAUAAAAUUGGAAGGUUGUGAUCCCUCCUCCACCAAAAUUUAUUAAUACUUUUAUAUGCACUGUAGAUAUAGAUGGAUAAGGUCAAAUAUGUCACUAGAACCGUGACGCUUUGCUUUUACGUUAGUAGACUGACUAAAUAUAUAAAAUAUAGGUGGAGAUAGGUGAGGAAGGCAAGGUUGUGUUUUUUGCGGGAACCAUAUACGCAUGCAUAUAAUCUGAGAUGCAAGAUAAGAGAAAGCAUAAAAAGUGAACAGCAUCCAAAGAAGCGAAACGCACCUCCAAAUGCGCUCCCUUCUCGCCACCGCCUCCUCUCCACUCUCGCCGCCGCUUCCACCAGGACUCGAGACUCUACCAUCGUCGGACUCCGACCACCACCACCCCUCCUCCACCAGCCUCCUCAUCAUCGCUGCCAUCCUCUUCUUCGUCUUCGUCGCCUCUGCCGCCGUCCACCUCUUCCUCCACUUCCUCUCCCGCUCCUCCUCCUCCUCGUCCUCCUCCUCCUCCUCAUCAUCAUCAUCAUUAUCACCGUCCGAUCAAGAUUGUAGCGGCCUUAUUGACUCCCUCCCGCCCUUCUCCCUCGCUGCCGGCGCCCCCGAGUUCUCCCCAGACUGCGCCGUCUGCCUCUCCCGCCUCCGCCCCGACGACGAUCUUCGCCUCCUCCCCGCCUGCCACCACGCCUUCCACUCCACCUGCAUUGCUUCCUGGCUCCGCUCCAACCCCUCCUGCCCUCUCUGCCGCUCCGAAAUCCUUCUUCCCCCUCCCCCUCUCCCGCCGCCGCCAUCCGCCGCCUCCACAACCGCCGUCGGCCGCGACGACCACCCUGCGCCCGCACCCCCGCUUUCCGCGCGUCCGUCGUCUCUGGGGCCAUCCGUCGAGCAACUGGAGGGCGCUAAGGCGCCUGCGGAGGCGGCGCCGGCGGGGGCGGAGACAGCGGAGCCAGCCGGAGCAGCGGGGAGGGGGUGGUUGAAGGAGUACGUGGACCGGCUGGCAUCGUCGGCGUCGACAUCCUUCUCGUCGCUCCGCUUCUCGUCGACGGGGAGCCGCCGCUUCGGCGGCGGGGGAGAGAGUUGGGAUCUCGAGGGGGAUGCGGAGACGAGCGGCGGGGGCGGUCGCUCCGCCUCCUACCGGUGGUCGACAGGGGCACAUGCGUAAAUAAAUGCAACUGUGAGGGCCAGAUGUUAUCGUCCUGCUAAUUUGUAAUCUAUAGUCCAUAGCCAAGCUACUACACCGAAGUAUAAAUUUCAUGAGCUAUCUUUUUUAAAUAACUCUCCUGGUGUGUGGUUAGUAGCAGGAAAGAGUAAAGUAGAGCAAAUACUCCAUGCAGUCUUAAUCAUUCAAAUGCAAAAAUUGAAGCAUCACCUCCCUUGGGAUUGAUAAAUGACUCUCCUAAUUUGUAAAUUGCCAUUUAUUAUUUAGUUUGCUUCUA